UUAACCCCUUCCGUCUUUCUAAUAAGCUAAGCUAAGCUAUUUCCCCUACCAUUUUCAGCCUCUGUGAUUGUGGAGAACACGAGAAAAAUUUAGCUUCGCAGGUCCCACUUCUUCCCCCCUUUUCCCUCUUCCCAACAGUAAAAACCCUUCCGAAUUUUCUCCCUUUUUGCUCUCUAUAUCGAAAAGGCUUUGAAUCCUUCCAUCUUCUCGGCCGGUACCCAGCAGAUCUCUUACUCAUGUGGAAAGGAAAAAAAUGGAAGGAACUGGGAAUAUGAUGCCGGGAUGUUCUUAUGGGGGUUUUGAUUUACAAGGUUCAAUUAGGGUUCAUAACCAUGCUGGUCUACACUCCCAUCCCAUUCACACAGGAUCCAUUGUUCGCCAGCUGCCUAUCCACGAGAACUUUCCCCUCUCAAUCAAUAUUGUUCCUGAUUGUAAUCAGAACAUUAAUCUGAGUGAUUAUGGCAAAGGCGAGGGCAUUAAAUCAACAAGCGAUGAUGAUGAGGGUGGUAAGUCGGCGAGCGAUGAUCAGAAUAGGGCGACGAAGAAAGCGCUCGUUUGGCACCGUGUGAAAUGGACUGAUCAGAUGGUGAGGUUACUCAUCACUGCUGUGUCUUACAUCGGCGAGGAAGCUUCUGCUGAGUACAGUGGGAGGAGGAAAUCGUCCAAUCUGCACAAAAAGGGGAAGUGGAAAUCUGUUUCCAAGGUCAUGGCUGAAAGGGGACACUUUGUUUCCCCUCAACAGUGCGAGGAUAAGUUCAACGAUCUCAACAAAAGGUACAAGAGGUUGAAUGAGAUCCUUGGGAAGGGCACUUCUUGCGAGGUUGUUGAGAACCCCGUGCUCCUGGACAUGAUGGAUGACAUUCCAGAGAAAGCAAAGGAAGAAGUCAGAAAGAUUCUGAGUUCCAAGCACUUGCACUAUGAGGAGAUGUGUUCUUACCACAACGGUAACCGUUUACACCUGCCUCCUGACCCAGACUUGCAGCGCUCGCUGCGGCUUGCUCUUAGAACCAGAGACGCUGACCACGACGAUGAUGCGGAUGCUGAGCUGGACGAGCACGAGGAAGAGUGCGAAGAGAUUCAGGGAGGUGGUCCCACAAAGAGGAUCAAACCAAAUGAAUGCUAUGCAGGUUCUUUGGGUUUCCAGCCACAUAAUGCAAAUGGGGAUGCAAGCCAGUUAGGGUUGGGGCCAACUGAUGAUGAUUUGAGAGACAGACGCUGGAUGGAACAGCGCUUCCUUCAGCUUGAGGAACAGAAGCUGCAGAUCCAAGCACAGAUGUUGGAGCUGGAGAGGGAGCGGAUCAAGUGGCAGAGGUUUAGCAAGAAGAAGGAGUUUGAGCUGGAGAGUAUGCGGAUGGAGAACGAGAGGAUGAAACUUGAGAACGAACGCAUGGUGUUGGAGUUGAAACGGAAGGGGAUGCUUGCGGGGGACACUGGUAAAGCUCUAUUUGAAAUGUAAGACAUUGAAAGGGAAAAAAAAAUGGUCUUGGUAAUUUUAAGCAGACCCAUUUUUUUGUUAAAUUCAUCAUGUUGUGCAAAAACAAUUUUAGGAUCAUCAGCAAAGAGUCAUUUUAGCUGCUAUGGUUGUAAUACUGGUAAGUAAAUAACCUGAGGGUUUUCUGUAUGUGCUGCUGAGUUUCUUGUUUUUGGAUCUUGGAGAUCCAAUGUUAGGGGUAAUUAAUAGCCAUGGUGAUGGAAAUAAAAGGCUUCAAGCCAA